AUGUUUAGCCCAACAAUUAUUAGAUCCUUAAGCUUUACAGCUUCAAGGGACUGGUGGUACCGGCUUAGCUUCUCUCAGGCUGGCCUACGGUCAGUCUCGUCGGAUAUCGGCGACGGAACCACCAUGCAUUGUUGGGUCCCUAAGGUGCACACCCAAUCUAAGCCAAACCUUCUCUUGGUUCAUGGAUUUGGUGCAAAUGCUAUGUGGCAAUAUGCUGAUGUUCUUCACCAUUUCAUGCCCAAAUACAAUGUAUAUGUGCCAGACCUCCUAUUCUUUGGAAGAUCCUACACCACCCAAAAAGAAAGGACAGAAACCUUCCAAGCAAAGUGCUUGAUGAAGCUAUUGCAUAUACAUGGAGUUCAAAAGGUGAACCUUGUAGGCAUAAGUUACGGCGGUUUCGUAGGAUAUAGCAUGGCUAACCAAUUUCCGGAGGCAGUGGAGAAGGCGGUGUUGUGUUGCACCGGCAUUUGUCUAGAAGAGAAGGACUUGAAAGAGGGGUUGUUCAAGGUUAAGGACUUAGAUGAAGCUGCCAAAAUCUUAAUGCCUCAAACUCCUGAUAAGUUGAGGGAGUUGAUGAGACUUUCCUUUGUUAGACCUCAAAAAGGAGUGCCUAAUUGGAUUUUGGCCGAUUUUAUCAAUGUUAUGUGUAAAACUUGUGUAAACGAGAAGAGAGAAUUGAUUGAAGAUAUACUCAAGGAUAGGCAAGUCUCAAAAUUACCAAAGAUCUCUCAUUCCACAAUGAUAAUAUGGGGAGAGCAAGAUCAAAUAUUCCCUUUGGAGCUGGGCUACCGAUUGCAACGGCACUUGGGGAGUAAUGCCCAGCUAGUGGUGAUCAAGGAUGCAGGGCAUGCAUUGAACUUAGAGAAACCAAGGGAGUUUGUAAAGCAUUUGAAAUCAUUUUUGAUUGAACCUCCAAAACCCCAAGGCAAAGAUCCUACUACUAUCGAAUGGUGGCAAUAACACAUUCAUAAUUUUAGCCUUUUGUACCUAACUUUUUGUGCA